ACCUUCCUUGUUCGGGCUUCGGGGCGUUGCCUCGGGUGUGUGCAACGCGAGAGGGGAUGACGAUCACCGCGGGCCCUCGGACACGCGACGAGCGAGAUGACUUCGGCUCCGCUUUUACUGUCUUCUCUUAUUCUUCCCUCAGGCCUGAUACAUCCGUAAUUCAUCUAUCUCAUGAUUAGUCCAUGCUCUGGGUGAUGAUCAUUGCGCAGUAGUUUGCCACGAUCUGGGCCGACUCGUGUGCGGGGAACCUCGGGACAGCAACGGCGCGCAGGUUCACCAUGCGUCUCCAAGUGCCCUCGAAUGCCAGAGUGCUUCCGCUUGGAAGCCUACGCCACGGCCUUCCCGCUGGGCGCACACUGUGUGCGGCUUGCUACAGGACUCGGAGGCAGAAUGAAGGCAGGAGGACGGUCAGGACGGUCCGGGCAGCCAGCACGCUGUCGCGCAGUAUCGUCGAGGGACCAGCAGAGCCACCCCUCCUGCCGCACACCAUCCCCGAGCACUUUGCCUCGGUGGUCUCGCAGUUUGGAGACAGGCCCGCCGUCAUCUGCCGCUCGCCGACCACCACCCCCGAUGCGCUGCCGAAUCUGCCCGCCGACGGCAUCCCAACUGCUCUGGAGACGGCCCUCAGCUACGAGAAGCUCGAUCUCGCGUCCAACGCGCUCGCCCACUCGCUCCGCUCCUUAGGUGUUAAGAAGGGCGACCGCGUGGCCGUGAGCCUGGGCAACACCCCUGAGUUCGCCGCGCUCACCUACGCCGUCUUCAAGCUCGGCGCCAUUCUCGUGCCCCUGAAUCCUGCAUCUAAUGUGCAGCAGGUCUCUGCCGCGCUGAACCAUCUCGGCGUCGAGCUGCUGAUCAUCGGCGCCGUCACCGACCUCGCCUACAAGCCCUGCCGCGGACGGAGCAACCUACCGCUUCUCCAAGCCAUCAUCCCCGACCUCGCGUCCGGCCGGGUGGAAUCCCCUGAGGUCCCCACGCUCAGAACCGUCAUCGUCGUCGACAACUCGGCCUCCCACCCGCUGAGCAACUUCCCACCCCUUGGGUCCCUCCGCUCACUUACCCCCUUCAGCGCCCUCCUCCCGGACUUCUCCAGCAUCCGCGCCUCCUCCACCUACGCCGCCCGUCCUGUCACCCCCGAUGCGCCGCUCUCUCCCGCCGACACCAUCAACAUCCAAUUUACUAGCGGCACGACGUCCCAACCCAAGGCCGCCAUGCUCACCCACACCAGCAUCCUCAACAACGGCGCACUCAUCGCCCACCGCAUGGGUCUUGAUCCUUCCGAUCUCAUCGUCUGCCCUCCGCCGCUGUUCCACUGCUUCGGCUCCGUGCUCGGCUACAUGGCGACCGCCACCACCGGCGCCGCCAUCCUCUUCCCCUCGCCGGCCUUUGACCCGCGCGCAACGCUCCAGAUGGCCGCCGCGCACCGCGCCACGGGCCUCUACGGCGUCGCGACCAUGUUCGUCUCCUUGUUCGAGCUUCUCCAUUCCCAUCCCCAAUCACCCUCCGCCUCCGCCUCCGCCCCCCAAUCCCACCCCGUCCUCUCCCCGCAGCAAAUCGCCGCCCUCCCCACCCACCUGCGCAAGGGCAUCGCGGCGGGCAGCUCCGUGCCCGAGUCGCUGAUGCGCAAGAUCUACGCCGUCCUCGGCCUGCGCGACCUGGUCAUCUGCUACGGCAUGACCGAGACCAGCCCCGUCAGCUGCAUGACCAGCCCGCGCGACCCGCCCGCCAAGCGCACCGCCACCGUCGGCCGCGCCAUGCCGCACACCCGCGUCAAGAUCGUCGACCCGGCCGACCGCGCUAAAGUCGUCCCCCGCGGCCACCGCGGCGAGCUCGCCGCCGCUGGGUACCUCGUCAUGCAGGGCUACUGGGGGGACGAGGCGCGCACGAGGGAGGUGAGGGUUGUGGAGAGGGAGGGGGGUGAGCAUGGCGAGGAGGAGGAGGUUGUCUGGAUGUACAGCGGCGAUGAGGCCCGCAUGGACGAGGAUGGGUUCGUGGAGAUCACGGGCCGCAUCAAGGACUUGAUCAUCCGCGGCGGGGAGAACAUCCACCCGUUGGAGAUUGAGAACUGCCUGUUCCAGCACCCGCUGGUGGCCGAGGUCAGCGUCGUUGGCGUGCCGGAUGAGAGGUACGGGGAGAGCGUGGGCGCUUUUGUCAUUGUGCACGACGGGGUCAAGGUCGAGGGCGAGGGGCAGGAGGAGAAAGCGGGUACUGGUGUCGGUUGUGAUGCUGCUGGUGGUGGUGGUGAUAGUAGUGGGAAGGGGGAGGUGCUGACGGGCGAGAUGGUGCGGGAGUGGGUGAGGACGCGGUUGUCCAACCAUCUGGUGCCGAAGCAUGUCUGGUUUGUGCGCGAGUACCCCAAGACGGCGAGCGGCAAGAUCCAGAAGUUCAAGCUGCGCGAGAUGGCGAAGCAGCUGCUGGAGGCCGGGAGGUAGCCCUCCGGCAUGGAUGGACAGCACCGGCUGGGAGCACGCAGGCAUUGGAUAGGUCGAGGCUGGUGGUCAAGCAUGAAUCUAGCCGAACAUGUCUCUUGAAAUAUGCAGCGGAAUGUAUCCUCCAGACUUAGACGUGGCUGGGUGGAAUGGUGUUCCGCAGAAGGUAUGCCUCG